UCCACGAUCACCCGCCUGUGCAGUCUGGCUCCAUUGCGACACAGCCUCCUCUUUGCCUUCGCGUCGUGGCCAGGCAAUAAGAAGCACUGCUGGCUUUCACCCAGAUUCAAGACACAUCACUUGGACUAUCCCCAGUGCAGCCUCCCGCACACCAGAACCACAGAGCACUCCACCAACAGUGCUGAUAGCUUGGCGCGGUUCGUCAUUUUGGCAGCCGACUGUUUUGCGACAACACCUCGCCGCUGAGGUCGAGCCAUCAUCUCAGCAGCCAUGAAUGUCCUUAAGCUCCAGAGGAAAUUCCCUCAGUUCCAGCAGAACGAGAUCUUCGAGCUGUCCAACUCAUUCGCGAAGCUCGAUGUUGACGACAAGGGAUACCUCGACGAGGCCACGGCCAUCAAGGCCACGCAGCAGAGCGAGCGCCAGCCGUACGAUGUUGUCCGCCAAGCGCUGAAAGAAGUCGAGCUGGACUCGUCACGCCGUGUUGAGCUCGAGGAUUACGUCGGGCUCAUCGCAAAGCUCCGAGAUUCUUCCCCCGCUCAGAAACGCAUGUCGACCGGCCCGGGACCGCUAGCACCGUCAGGAGUCGUGGCGCAGAGAACCGGCGGUCAUACCUCAAAGUCAAGCAUCAGCGGCAAGAUCCAGGUCCAGGGAUCCAACGCGAACAUCACCCAUACCAUCAACGAGGAUGAGCGGACCGAGUUUACACGCCACAUUAACGCCGUCCUUGCCGGCGACGCCGACAUUGGCAGCCGUCUUCCCUUCCCGACCGACACCUUCGAGAUGUUCGAUGAGUGCAAGGAUGGUCUUGUUCUAGCCAAGCUCAUCAACGACAGCGUGCCCGACACUAUCGAUGAGCGUGUUCUCAACCGCCCCGGCAAGAAGACGAAGAACCUCAAUGCAUUCCAGAUGACCGAGAACAACAACAUCGUCAUCGAAUCGGCCAAGGGCAUCGGCUGUUCAGUUGUGAACAUUGGCAGUGGUGACAUCAUCGAGGUCCGCGAGCAUUUGAUUCUCGGUCUCAUCUGGCAGGUCAUCCGGAGAGGACUUCUCGGCAAGAUCGACAUCAAGCUUCAUCCCGAGCUCUACCGCUUGCUGGAGGACGAUGAGACCCUGGAGCAGUUCCUCAGGUUGCCGCCAGAGCAGAUCCUUCUCCGCUGGUUCAACUACCACCUCAAAGCUGCUAGCUGGCCUAGGAGAGUCAACAACUUCUCCAGCGACGUCAAGGAUGGCGAGAACUACACUGUUCUGCUGGCACAGAUCGGAUCCGAGUACGGCGUCACGCGGGCGCCUCUGCAGACGAACGACCUGCUCCAGCGAGCUGAAGAGGUGCUUCAAAACGCCGACGUUCUAGGCUGCCGCAAAUUCCUGACGCCGAAAUCCCUGGUCGCUGGAAACCCGAAGCUGAACCUUGCCUUUGUGGCAAACCUGUUCAACACCCACCCCGCCCUGGACCCCAUCACCGAAGAGGAGAAGUUGGAGGUCGAGGACUUUGAUGCCGAGGGAGAGCGCGAGGCCAGGGUUUUCACUCUUUGGCUCAACAGUUUAGAUGUGCAGCCUGCGGUCGUGUCUUUCUUCGAUGAUCUGCAGAACGGCACCGUCCUGAUGCAAGCUUAUGACAAGGUCAUCCCUGGCUCCGUCAACUGGCGUCACGUCAACAAGCCUCCCGCGCACGGUGGUGAGAUGUCGCGAUUCAAGGCGGUGGAGAACACCAACUACGCCAUCGAGCUCGGAAAACAAAACGGCUUCUCGCUGGUCGGAAUCCAGGGUGCCGAUAUCACGGACGGCCAGAAGACGCUCACACUAGGCCUCGUAUGGCAGCUAAUGCGCAGGGACAUCACCAUGACUCUCUCAGCGCUCGCCCAGCGGCUCGGAAAACGCGAGAUCACGGACGCCGAGAUGGUCAGGUGGGCCAACGACAUGUCUCGCAAGGGCGGCCAGAGCUCGUCCAUCAGGUCCUUCAAGGACUCUGCCAUUGGAACAGGUGUCUUCCUUUUGGAUGUUCUGAACGGCAUGAAGAGCAGCUACGUCGACUAUGAGCUGGUGACGCCCGGACGGACCGACGAAGAUGCGUACCUCAACGCGAAGCUCAGCAUCAGCAUUGCCAGGAAGAUGGGCGCUACGAUCUGGCUGGUACCCGAAGAUAUCUGCCAGGUCCGCAGCCGUCUGGUGACCACUUUCAUUGGCUCCUUGAUGGCGACGUACGAGAAGAUGCAGUGAUUCCCGGUUCCUGGACGAUUGAACUACAAGGGCCGGGUGCUAUCCUUUUUUGCGGUGCAAGCUGUGGAUUAGAAAAGAAAAAGUUCAGCCGGUCUCGAGUUUGCGAACCCCGUCCUUCCCUUCUUCCUUCUCGACAAGCCUUUCAGUGUUUUGUUUUUUUGUAUGUCGUCUUAUUCAUCGAAUCAGAAUAUCUCGAGCAAAGUUCGCUGGCUGGUUAGCAGCCGAGACGAGUGCGGAUUGUUCCCAGAUCUCCACAGCCAAUACAGCUGGCGUGCUGGAAAGGCAACCGCCCGAGGUGCUCCCUCGAGGUGAGAACCCUCACCAACACGUGUACUUGACGUUACAUUUUGCAUCUAGUGGGGUUCAGUCCGCAUCCCUACCCAGAUCUGCGCCUUCUCAUCACACGAGUGCCUGCCCCUUGCCUUCUUUCUCCUGCAGAGACUGGCGAUGAGUGAGUGGAUCUCUGCGGGCUUCGAGCCCAUCGGAAUCCAAGCAUGGUGGCAGAGAAAUGCCGAGCAGGCUAGCCUGGGGCCCGCCUGGGACGUCAUCCCUUGCCCGAAGAUGCAGGGGCUCUGCAGACGGGAAUGGCGGGGCAGGCUAUCCGCGCAGCAUUGGAGAGCAGAACAACCCUAAUAUCGACCGGCAACCUAGACAUGGUUUUUGACCAAGGUACAUGCUAUCCUAUUACGUGUUAUCAACCUACCUAGGCCAGGAGUCAGGAUGUGAAGAAACCCCCGAAAUCGGUGCCUCGGUUCCCAUACAGGUGUAUUUCGGUUCCUUUAGGUAGCCUGACUGAAAUGCCCUAGAUUUAUCUCUUCCCGCCAUCUCCUGAUCCAGUCGUCAGUCGUGCCGGCAGUUCCGGCUAGCAACCGGGCCGACCACCUUGGUAGGACGUACCCAGGUGGCAGCACCUU